UUCUGCAAGUGACGAUCGCACAAGUUUGCAUUUUCACGUUACUGAAGAUGAGUGUCAGGAGGUUCUCUAACAAGCAGGAGGUGAGCCCAGUAAGCACGUGGUCAUGUGCCUGAUGCUCCCACAGAAGAAUAGUGAAAAAAGGAAAUCCCAACAGUCUCCAGCCCACGGAUACCCAGGUCCCGAGGCGGCACUGCGAGGGCCACAGCGUGCUCCCCGGGGCUCCGCGGCCCGCCCCGCCGGCCCAGAAGGGGGAGGAGCCGCGGGGCCCGCAGGAGAGCGGGCGCGGCCUGGGCGCGGGCAUGGAGCGGCGGGCGCUGCGGCGCCUCUGGCUGCUCUGCUGGCUGUGCUGCUGCGGUGGGCGCCGCGCCGAUCCCCGCGCCACCUCCGGCCGCACGGAGCCGCGGAGCCAGGAGCGACGGGCCGCCGCCUUCCGGGAAAGUCUUAAUAGACAUCAACACUUGAAUUCUUUAUUUCCUCAUGAAAACAAUGGUGCUGUGUAUGGAAUAAAUCAGUUUUCUUAUUUGUUUCCUGAAGAGUUUAAAGCUAUUUAUUUAAGAAGCAAACCUUCCAGAUUUCCCAGAUACCCAGCAAAAGUACAAACGUCCACACUCAAUGUGUCUUUGCCAUUAAGAUUUGACUGGAGGGACAAGCAUGUUGUAACACAAGUGAGAAACCAGCAGACGUGUGGAGGAUGCUGGGCCUUCAGCGUGGUGGGUGCAGUAGAAUCUGCAUAUGCAAUAAAAGGGCAUCCCUUGGAAGACCUAAGUGUCCAGCAGGUCAUUGAUUGUUCAUAUAAUAAUUACGGCUGCAAUGGAGGGUCUACUCUCAAUGCUUUGAACUGGUUAAAUAAGAUGCAAGUGAAACUGGUGAGAGAUUCAGAAUAUCCAUUUAAAGCACAAAACGGCCUGUGCCAUUACUUUUCUGUUUCACAUUCUGGAUUUUCAAUCGAAGGAUAUUAUUCAUAUGACUUCAGUGACCAAGAAGAUGAAAUGGCAAAUGCUCUUCUUACCUUUGGCCCUUUGGUAGUGAUCGUAGAUGCAGUGAGCUGGCAAGAUUACCUAGGAGGCAUAAUACAGCAUCACUGCUCUAGCAGAGAAGCAAAUCAUGCAGUUCUCAUAACUGGGUUUGAUAAAACAGGAAGUAUACCCUACUGGAUUGUGCGAAACUCAUGGGGAAGUUCAUGGGGAGUAGAUGGCUAUGCCCAUGUUAAAAUGGGAGGUAAUAUUUGUGGUAUUGCAGAUGCUGUUUCUGCUGUACUUGUGUGAUAUUUGGGGUAGAUCAAGAGCCAACUACAGAAAUGAAGAAUUCUAAUGACAUGUAGCCCAGUACUUCAUUCUUGGCAUUAUUCAAAUCCCCUGCAAAGGUCCCAGGGCCUAGUAAUAUCUAAAUUAAGUUGCAGAAUGUUCCUUUGUUAGAGAGAGAUGGACAACCAAAGUAAAUAGGAGCAGAACCAGUACCGUUUAGGAGGAAAUCUGUGGAACAGUUUCCUGCUCUGAGAUGAAGGUCAGAUUAGGAGAUAUUUACACCACUUCAAUUUGAAAAGGCUAUUUUUAAAAAUUAUUACUGUUGUUUGUUUAUUUUUAAAAACAUAACUCCCCUAUGAUUUAAGAGGCAAUAAGAAUUUCUUUACAGGAUAUAAUCCCCAGCCUUAGCUUAUCCCUCCCUAUGCACACAAAUAGCCAACCUAAGUUUAUGUGUGCCUCUCACAAUUAUAUUCUCAGCCUUCUGCGGUGGAAUUUCAUAAGAAUUUUGAAAUACCAAUUGCUUUAUCUCAACCAACUGUGUUUACUUCAAGAACUAGAGGAAGAUCGUGUGGAAAACACAAGGACAGAGUCACUCAUUAAAAGAAAUAGAUUGAAAUUAAAUGACCAAUAUAACAACUAUAUGAUAAGAAAAAUUCAAGUUGCAUUGUCUGAGAAACAAGUUACAGUUCAGAAAUUUUCACUGUCAAUAGGCUCUCACUACGUUUUCUUUCUUACCGUGUCCUACCGCUGCUGAAGAGCAAUGUGUUUUCCCACACUCUCUUACUCUGCGGUGACACUCUUGAGCUUUCCUUGUGGUUUGGCUUCCAUGGCGGAAGAACUCUGGUUGUUUACUUACCAUUUCUAUAUUACGACCAUUUGUUUGGCUGCAUUUGUCCCUGAGCCUUUGUCAACAUCAGGAGCUCACCCUUCCCUUCCUCUCCUGCCAUUCACAAGCACCAUGCCUUUCAAAGUCCAGUCUCAUUCAUCUGGGGUAUCAUCCAAAAUGUGAGUUUCCCAGGCUCUCUGAUCCCCCAGGUCCCUGCUUGUAUUUCCUGGACUCCCAUGCUAACUGUGCUUUUGUGCAGCCCAUUGGCUUUCACCAGGGUCCCGGUUCUUGACGCCCACCUUCUUUCUCACCUAAAUUGUCAUGUGCGGCAGUGUGAGAACCACCUUCUGAUUGAACCAAUGUAUAACCAUUCUAAAGGGGUUCAUAUAAGAGAAUCCUGUCCAAUACUACAUAUGUAAAUAUUUCUCUAAAUUCAGGGUUGCUUUCUAAUGUAGAAGAGCUUUAACAAAACAAACUUAGUUAUAGCAGCAACCACUAGACAAAAUAGAGGAUGUCCCAUUUUUCCACUCACUUUUGGCCUUCAUUUAUCCUUUCCUGUUACUAGAAAAUAAAUAAAUAAAUAACAAAACACUGUAAUUCCUUUUCUUACACCAACCAGAAGCAACCUUAAGAGAAUAUGAUUCAGGUUUAGAAAUGGAGGAAGAAAAAUUUUGACAUUUUACUUGAUUGAUAUUCAAAUUAUCCAAGUUUGCCUAAAAGGAACUGUGACCCGAUUGUUCUAGUUUGUAUUCAUUUACUGAUUUCUGUAUAAUAUAAACACUUUUAUGAUACGCUUUUUCAAAUGCUAAGGCAUUUUUUAAAUUACAAAAUGAUUAACCUCAGCUGUUCUGGAUUUUGAUGACAUAAUAAAACAAUAUUUUAUUUUGGUCAAAUAAGCGUGCAGCUUACAUUUUGUCAACACAGUGUUCAUGUGCUUUUACGAAAAGUCACAUAGGAGUUUUCUCAGCUCUAAGUCCAUAUAUUCCUGUUUUUAUUUUCUCCAUAGACACCUUCACCUCAAUGUCUCCAGAGCUCCAUUCAUCCUCCUCCUUCCCCCUCCUCCUCCUAAAGUCUCUAUUUUGGUUAACAUCAUAUAAACACCAAUCAAUGAAACUGAGGGAAAUCUUAGAUAUUUAAUCAGUUCAACUAUACCUUAGUAACCCAUCACUUGAUCCCCUACCUCCUCUCCGUUUCUAUUCUCCCUUUCUAGAUGCAUGUUCUUCAGUAUCUAUUAUCUUCAACUCUCUAGCAGUCUACUCACUAGACCCCACGUCCCUUAAUCCAGAGGUUCUCAAAGUAUAGUCCCCAGACCAGAAGCCACCUGAGGACUUGUGAAUCACUGUUUUAGUAAAUCCUCUAGAUUAUUCUGAUGGAUAGUCAUUAUAAUCCAUGAAAUAGGUGUCCCCUAGAUUUACAUUUUUAGGACAGCAUUUUCAUGUAAUUCCCUUGAAAGCCAUUCAGGGACUCCCUAAUGAAAGAUAGCAUGCAAACCCUUAAAAGAGCUCUCACAAAGAUGCCCCUCUCUACCUUCUCAGCCUCCCUGCUGCUGUGCUGCAUAGGCAAAUGCCCUGUGCCAGUCAUAAAUCACUUGAAGUUCUCCCUCAGGCUAUGAGGAAAGAAAUGAAAUCUUCACAUAAUAAUUAGGAGUCAUAAUUGAAAUCAUUAAGAUGUCCCUGGGUGUGAUUUCACAAGGAUCUCAAAGUGAAUACUAUAUUAGAUAACCUUAAAAUAACCUUAGAGUGACCCUCUGACCCAUUUAAGAUUAUAAAUUGGAUUGCUAGCACUAGAAGCAAAUUUGAAUGGGGACAAGAGUAAACAUCGGAAUUAUAAAUUGUUUUGACAUUUAUGUUAAGAAUUUAUGACAUGUUUGAAAAAACUAUGAUAUAGCUUAGUCAUAUCCAGAAAUAAAAAUUUAAAAUAUCAAAUUACUUAGUCCAUUAAAAGAACAAAAUUAACAAGUAAUAUUUAUUCCAAGGUUCUAAGGCAUUUUAGUGGUGGAGCAUAUAUCAAAAUUUUUUUCUUCAUGAGAAAAAAAAUAUGAGAUAAAUAUUUUUAUCCCCAUUAUAUAGAUGGGAAACUGGGUCUUAAUCCUGUGUUUGUGCCAGAGAAGAUAAUAAAUGGCAGAGUCAGAAUUUGCUCCCAAGCUUGCUGAUUUCCAAGCAUGAGCUGAUAUCAGCUUUUCACCACCAUUCUACUUGUCUCUUUUUUAGCUUAACCAUGAGUAAAUUGUUGAUCCCCCUACCUCCUCUCCAUUUCUAUUCUCCCUUUCUAGAUGCGUGUUCUUUAGUAUCUCUUAUCUUCAACUCUCCAAGUAGUAUAUACAUUCUCAUGUGCAUACACACACACACACACACACACACACUCUCUCUCUACACAAAACUCAUGUGGCCAAAAGCAAUUAUAUCUGAUUUAGAGGCAAACUAGACAAUAUAAUCCUCAUAAGAAAAAACUUGUAGUUGACUAACAGAUAGUUCAGUUCCAUCAAGAACUUGUUGCUUGCUACAAAUAAUCAUCCUAGGUUAAGAUUGGUGGACAGUUUACAUUCCUUUGAUGUUUUGUACUCCAGUUGUAACAGAAAUUUAAAUGAGUGCUGCCAACACAUCAGGCAGAGUCAGAAGAUGAAGAGCAGAACUCAUGUCUGAUCUAAACUCUUGGUCUUAUACUCUAUUAGAAAUGAGCGGGGUCAUUUUUUAGUUUGCUUACCUCUCCUUUCUUCUGGAAAGAACAUCUUCACUUGAGGAAACUACCUCAAUCCUGUGAUGUGUUAGCAUUGACUCUACCUCCCAGACCACAAGCAUUAGAGCUGGAAAAGCACCUUUGCCCUUCUAAGAGUCCAAAGAUGCUUGAAGCUGAGACCCACCCUGAGAAGUAGCCGGUCUACAACAGGGAAGAAUAAAGCCAACACUCACAAAAAAAGAGACAAGACCCACAGGGUUCUCCAAGUGCAGGAGUGUCGUCCCCAGGACCUGGGUCCAUCUCUGUGGCUUCAGAGCAAACCAGGCCUCUCUUAGCCCUUUGAGCUGGUGGAUGAUUGUCCCAACUGCCCAAAACCCUUUUAGGAAAGCUUCAGAUAGAUUUCUAUAAUUGACCAAAGAGUCCUAACAAAUAGAAGCUAAUUUUUAUUAUUUUUUUAAAAUUUUGAUAAAAUAAGUAUUUAUACAGUGACACAUUUUAUUGCAUAAAAUAUUUGAAAUAACUGCAGUUUACAAGCUUAUAAGGUGUGAAACAAUUAGGUAGUGAUUGCAUUAAAGGUUACAUUAAGGUAAAUAUCA